AUGGCUGGUGCUUCAGACAUAUUUGUGGUGGAUGGCCCGUCCUGCGCUGGCGAAAGACUUCUCAGUUACGAGCACUACCGAGGCUCUCCGCGUCGGGAAGCAUUUUUUUCUCGGAUGAAGUGGGCAAUCGACCUUAUUCGAGGCCUUCAUGGGAGCAUUUUGAACUUGAGCCGCGCCAACGAAUCCCGUGCAGCUCGCGUUUACUAUGUGCCGUCCUUUUUCUCACUGCUCAUAGCUUUGAGUGACGAGGAGAGUUUGCGGUGCUUAGUGCGGGCUUCUGCAGCCAUCACCAGCAGCAGCCUCUACUGGCGCAACCUUGGCUAUGACCACUUCUACGUACACGGAAUGGAGUACCCAGUUGUCAGCGAUUUCGACUUUGCCUGGGCAAAGCCGCAGCAACGGGACGAGGCAAAGCUUUGGAUGGUGCGGGCCUUUUAUGCGAGCACACGCAACAUGGCGAUCCUCACUACAGGGGAGCUUUCUCAAGGACCUGGUUCUUGGGCUUUGGCUGGAAAUCUCUACAACUCGAGGCGCGUGGUGAAUGUUCCCUUCACUUUGCAUGAAGGCUGCGAAAACUAUGUGCAGGAACCACGCAAUAUCAGGCUCAGCUUUGUGGGUUCCGUACAGGCUAGGAAUCAUGAACGACUGCUGUUCUUGAGGGCCGCCAUUUUGGAGCAUGGCGGCGCCAUAGGCAGCGGCGCCACGGUCGUGAAGACCUCCAAGCUUCAGCUCCGUGCUUGGGUGCAAGUUGACAAGGCGGAGCCGCUGAAUCACACACAACGUCUACUUCUGCAGGCGAAACGUUGGUGGCUGCAUCACUUGUACCGCCGGAGCGAGCUUUGCGUGGUGGCCCCGGGUGAUGCCCCGGCCCUCGGCCAGCGACUCUCCGACGUCCUGACGGCAGGUUGCAUUCCGGUGGUGCUCCUGGGGCCUGGAACUCAGCCAGUUCUGCCUUUGCAGGGAGCAAUCCCAUGGGAGGACUUCGCAGUAUUUGUGCGCUUGGGUGAUGAUGUGACAAGUGCUCGAUGGGCUUUGCGCCGCCUUUGGGCAAUGAGCCAGAAAGAGCUGUCACGACGACGGGAACGACUUCUCUUUUGGCGUCCGCACUUGGCUAGCAGCUUUGGGGCCAAGUGCUCUAGGUCGGGUGCCGUCUCGUGUGUAGAGAGAGAGAGAUAG